GAAACCCUGGCGGAAAAUAGGAAUGGCUUAAAAGGAGUUUGAUAGUUCUAUAUAUUUCUCCAAAAGUUCACCCAGCUCUUAAUUGUACAAUGUUGGAGAAGGCAUCCUGAGGUAAAUAACCAAGGAAUACAAUUGUCAUAAAGCCACAAUGAUCAUCCAGAUGCCAAUUUGGGUAUACAUGGGGCUGGCCUUAGCUUGGAGACUGGCAUUGCUUCUCUACGGAGAGUGGCAGGAUAGGACAUUUGCAGUGAAAUAUACAGAUGUGGACUAUUUUGUUUUCAGUGAUGCAGCAAGUUUUGUGCAUCAGGGUAAACCACCAUAUGAGAGAUCAACCUUUAGGUACACUCCAUUACUAGCCUGGAUGCUGCUCCCUAACCUCUAUGUAGGACCUGUCUUUGGGAAGUUGCUGUUCAUCGUGUUUGAUUUGGGGACUGGCUUUCUUAUUUACAAGCUUGCUUUAGCAAGGGGACAUACACUAAGAAUGUCAAAAUGCUGCGCGUGUCUCUGGCUGUUAAAUCCACUCCCAGCAGCUGUAUCAAGCAGGGGAAAUGCUGAAUCAAUCAUGACAUUUCUGGUUCUAUGGACACUGAAAUGUCUCACCUCGAAAAACACCAUUGCAAUGUCGGUACUGUAUGCAGUGUCUGUACACUUCAAGAUUUACCCUGUGACCUACAGCAUCCCUUUCUACUUUCUGUUGGAUGAGACAUCCUCUGACACAUAUGGACAUGCAGCAGGAUGUUGUGAUUCAUGGAAAUGGUACAGGACAGCCCAAAAACUCAUUCUGCCAAAUUGGCCGAGAUUAAUAUUUGUUGGCAUUACGGGAAUUGUGCUGGCCAUGCUUACAGCUGGAUGCUAUGACAUGUAUGGGUGGGAUUUUCUUGAGCAUGCUUACCUGUAUCAUGUGACAAGGAAGGACAUUCGCCAUAACUUCUCUGUGUAUUUUUACAUGCUAUACCUAGGGGCUGAAGAGCUAAGGCUGCCUUGUCUGGGCGUGGCUGUCUUCCUCCCACAAGCUCUGCUUCUCCUUGCCGUCUCACUCAAGUUUUACCAUGACCCACCCCUCUGCUGCUUCCUACAUACCUUCAUCUUUGUGACAUUCAAUAAAGUGUGCACCUCACAGUACUUCCUCUGGUAUUUGUGUCUCGUACCGCUAGUGAUACCACGGUUACGAAUGAAAGUCGGCAAAGGGAUCUUACUAACUGUCUCCUGGUUUAUAGCACAGGGAUUGUGGUUGUUGCCAGCCUACUACCUGGAGUUUGAAGGCCAGAAUACCUUUCUCUACAUUUGGAUGGCUGGAAUUCUUUUCUUUCUCGUCAAUAUUUAUAUCGCAAAGUCGGUGAUAGAAGCUUACACGUUUGAUAGUUGGAACCAUCCAGUUACACCAACUGCUGAAGUCUCAUGGUCAAAAGCAAAGGCAAAGUAACAGUACUGGAACUUCUUACAGUGCUGUUUUUUUUUUUUUAUCAGACAUGAUCAGAAAUACAGCACUGUUUUACUAGGAAUGUGUGGUGGGAAAAAAAUAAGUCUGGUCUCUGUUUCAUUGGCACCUGUAGAAAAGGAUCCGUGACGAGGGAAGUAAAGGUAUGUGGGAAGGUCUGCAGCAACUUGCGGAUGGUCGUGAUAUUCCCACCGGCUCAACCAGUUUUCUCUCACCAUUAUGCUGGUCACCGUUGCAUAAGCGAAAUAUUCUUAUGUGUGGCAUAAACACCAAUCAAAUAAAUGAAUAAACAAGGAGGCAAAAGCUUAUAAUCACGCUCCACUGGGCUCAGCUGUGGCUUCGCAUCACAGGCCUUGCUGGGAAUCAGACGCCAUAAUAGAAGUCGCUAUAACGUGACUAUAACGUGAUCACUGCGUAAAUGAAAUGGAUUUCAAAGGUGCAUGGUGUUAGUUUAUCUCAGCGUGGAUACAGACAUUCGUAUGGCAAUCGUCAACAAUUUGGCCACCACACGGCUGAAAUAUUGGAACUGGGAUUAAGAGUCACUUAAUCCCAGAUUGAAGUUAAGACAUAGUCAUUCAAUGAUUCAAUAAUAGAAAGAAAAUUUCCAAACUUACAACGUUCAACACAAUCCACCAUUCAUACAAAGAGAUAGACACUUUUCAGUGACGUUGGAAAGGCGUAAAGAUGUAAAAUGUAACCAGUAUAAGUCGUGUCAAAUACUGAUACAUGUAUGUAAGUCGUUGGUAAUGAAAAUGGGUAACACAGUUGAUCUCUGAUUUUAAUUCGUCAUGUAUACAAGUUAGAACGUGGCAAUGUUAAAGACAGGAUGUAUAUCCGGUCUCUAGCCCCAGGUUAAUUAAGCGGGAUUAGACCAGUUUAAUAUGGAGCAGAGCGCUAGAUACUUCAAUCCCUCCUCCCUAUGCCCCAAGGCAACACUUUCACGCAAAUUCAUGAACAUAUGUUACGUGGAUAUGGCUUGAUCAGAUGGUUUGGGUUAUAGUUUGAUUGUUUCCGUUAUGCUACUCCAUGUCGAUUUCAGUCUCCGUGUCGCCAGUACACCUGUUGUCAUACUUUUGUGCAUGUAGUUCUCCCAUUCUGAUGUUACACUUGACAUUCCUCCAUACUAUGUGCCUUGGGGCAUUUCUGCAUUGAUUGACCGUCAUAUCGGGGCUGCUAAUUAAAACACUAUUGAACAAGGGGACUGAUGGUAACUGGCAUACUGACCAAGCCCAUGAAACGUGUCGGUGCCAAAUACAACUUCAUAUGUCUGUUGAAUCAUUCCACACAAAUACAAACACAAAUAUGUGUAUUUAGACGAGGUGUUUGUUACACACAGUCUUGAAAAGAGGAUCCGAUUUGCUGAAAACUGACAGGAGCUGUUUAGCACGUGUUAAAUUUUGUGUAAAGCCAGUGGCCUCUUAAAAAAUUUCUUCCUGGUUUUGAGGUUAAUGAGUUUAUUUCUCGACGUUAAUACCGGCCAGAACCUGAACCAUCCAGAAUUUAUAUAGUUUAAUGUCCAAACCCUCAGUCAACACGGCUGACAUAUGUCACUUCGGAAAUAGCGAUUUAGCCAAUGUUGUUCGUUUCCUUUUUUGCGCCUUUUUGUCAUGUUCAUGGUUUGUGAAUCGGGAGGUUAUUUGUUCAAUGGUUCCCAUUGGCUCAAGGCUUGUACAAAUGAGAUGAAAGUAGGCCAGAUUGUUUUCCGUGCGUGACUGUCACAGCUGUGUCACGGCUAGCUGGUCUUGCAUCCACCUCCCUGUCUCGUACAACAAUAACUGGCCUACAUACGACACUCAUCUUACACUGGCUGACUUAUCCUUAUUUCACCCAGCGGAAAAUUACCGUUAUGUACAUACAUGCAUGCUAUACUUCUCUCAUUUACUCGAAUGUGAACCGGUUAAGUGACUGCUGGCACCUUACAGCUUAUCAGUGCUUCUUUAUGGUAUGGGAAAAAUCAAAUAAUGUAUGAACUCAUGCUCAUGCACCAGUACGGCAAAUUAAAGCGGGAUUGUUCGAAUCUUCACACGUUUUAAAAUAAUAGGCUACAAAUAGUUUGGUUGUGUUAUAUUCAGCAAUAUUAACUAGGUAAAGACUACAUUUAGAUUAUAUGUACAUACGUAUUUAGUCAUGCUGAUUGUAUUGCAUGCUUACGUCAUCUUGUUACAGAAUAUUCAGCUCAUUUUCAAAAGCUUGAAUGAAUAUUGCAUUAUUGGCUAUAUGAGAAAUGUGGUACUUAUAUA